AUGGGCAAUCUGUUUGGAAGUUUAUUCAAGGGACUUUUUGGUAAAAAAGAGGUUCGUAUUCUUAUGGUCGGUUUGGAUGCCGCUGGCAAAACUACCAUCUUGUACAAAUUAAAACUGGGCGAGAUAGUUACUACUAUACCCACAAUCGGUUUUAAUGUAGAGACUGUCGAGUAUAAGAAUAUUAGCUUUACGGUCUGGGAUGUUGGUGGCCAGGACAAAAUUAGGCCAUUAUGGCGUCAUUAUUUCCAAAAUACCCAAGGACUUAUUUUCGUAGUUGAUAGCAAUGAUCGUGAAAGAGUUAAUGAGGCCCGCGACGAAUUGAUGAGAAUGCUUAGCGAGGAUGAGUUACGAGAUGCAGCGUUAUUGGUCUUUGCUAACAAACAGGACUUGCCUAAUGCUAUGAAUGCUGCCGAAGUUACAGACAAGUUGGGACUCCAUUCGUUACGACAUCGCACAUGGUAUAUUCAAGCUACAUGUGCAACUAAUGGUGAUGGUUUAUAUGAAGGAUUAGAUUGGUUGUCCAACGAAUUGAAAGGUCAAAAGUAGAAUGGUCAGAGUAGACCUUAUUUUUUCCCAUCAUUAAAAAGUUAUCAAAUAAGCAUAGGCUAUAGAUCGUAAAAUACAUUUUAAGAGUUGAUCUAAAUAAAG